GGUGUCCUGCAGGAUAAAAGAAGCUGUGUGCAGUCACCUCCAGAGUGAGUUCUGUCUUCUGUGCCUCACUGGACUGAACAGCCAGCAACAGCGGCUCAGACAUGAAGCUGGUGACGGUCCUCAUGCUGGUCGCCCUCCCCCUUUACUGCUAUGCAGGUUCUGGCUGCUCUGUUCUCGAAAAGGCGGUUGAAGAUGGAAUCAGUCCUAAUGUGUCCGUGGCUGAAUACAUACUCUCUCUUCAAGAGUUCAUAGACGAUGAAGACACUGCAAAUGCCAUAAGGGAACUUAAGCAAUGUUUUCUCAUCCAGUCAAAUGAAACUCUGGACAAUUUCGAAGUGAUGAUGGUAAUUUUGGCUUUUUCUGAUAUGUUUUAG